UACUGCAACUCAUUCCUCAGAGUCUAACGGAGCAGGAAUUGACACUCCCUGAUUCAGGACGAGUCCGGCUUUAUGCUCUGCAACAGGGAGACAGUAAUGAAUGUAAAGAAUGUCCGGCAUUAGGAGGGGUUCUUAAAAUGAGUAGGAGUUUGAUCCCUCGACCGCCUCUAAAAAGCAUAACUGAAAUUAUUUGUCUGUCUGUUAGUUUAGAUCUGGUCUGUAGCUUUAGAGAUCAGCAGCAACGUUAUGCAGAGACCUGGACACAAAAGUUGACAAAGCAACAAAAUAUGGAGGCUGAUAAAGAAGAAAACUAACAGAGAUGAAGAUGAUCUCCAGGAUCCUGCUGCUCCUCAUCCUCAGCUCAUGUCUCUGUGCAGCAACAUUUGUAGUGAAUGUGACACAGAGCAGCUAUCAGGCAGAGGAGAACCACAGCAUCACUCUGGAGUGGACCUUCACCACCAAGACUCAGGGAACCUGGAGGGAACUGUUCAUCAUCUGUGAAUUUAGAUCAUCAGUAAAGUCAGGGGUAAUAUAUGUUCAUCAAGAUGGUGAUGAGAUUCCAGAUUCUCAGCAUGAACAGUUUUCAGGACGAGUCCAGAUUGACAAAGACGUCCUCAGAGAAGGACGAAUCAGACUCCAUGUGUCCAGACUGAGGACUGAAGACUCUGGUCUGUAUCUGUGUGACGUGACAACUGAAGAUGGAUUCAACUCUGGAAGAUGUCGACUCAACGUUACUGUUCAUAAAAACAUCUCAGCUGUUCCUGGACAGAACGUCUCUCUGCCAUGCCGACUCCCCAACAACAAACCUGCUGUGGUUGUGAAGUGGACCCGACCGGACCUGGAACCAGAUUAUGUCCUCCUGUUCAGAGAUGAGCAGCCUGACCCAGAGAACCAGCAUCCAUCUUUUAGGAACCGGGUGGAGCUGCAGGACAGACGGAUGAAGGACGGAGACGUGUCUUUGCUUCUGAGCAACGUGACGACCAGCGACUCGGGAAAAUACGAGUGUCGAGUUUUCCAGAGAGAAGCAACUGGCAGGAAGAGACGCGCUUUGAUCUCUGACCCCAUCUGGAUCGUCUUCCUGGAUGUAGCGCCUCCUCCAGAAAACGAGGAGGAAAGAAAAGAAGAUGGAAGCAGAAACAAACAUGUUGGACUGAUUGUUGUAGCAUUUCUGAUUAUUGUAGCCGUUCUGAUCGCUGCACUGAUUAUUGGUUGGUGUCUCUAUUUAACAAAGCAGAAGAUGAACAGAUCACCGAACUCACAGUGAGUGUUAAGGACGGUUCUAGUUCAGAGAUCCCAACCUUGAUCCUCAGAGCUCAACAACCUCCAUGACUUGAAUGUGACUUUGCUCUAACAACUUGAUUGCAAUGAUUGCAUCAGCUCCUCUGCAGGCCAUCAGGUUCUGCUGAGGAGUUUUAAUCAUUGAAUCAUUUAUGUGGCUACAGGAAAAUUGAUUGUUAUGUAUGUUUAUGCUUGUAUAUUGUUUCCUUUCUUUAGCCUUACUGUUUCACAAAGUCACUUCACAGGUUGAAGUUCACAAGCAUUUCAAUGUUCUUAUUUUUAUUCAUAUCUACCCUUAAAUCACACCCUUCUCUCUCUGUUAAUUAUUCUUGAAUAUUUUUACAUAGUAAUUAUGUGUGAAUGUUAUCUUUUGGGUUUAUUUACAAUGGAAAUGUUAAUGUACAUAAUUUUGUAAAAAGUGUAUUUUGAAUCUUACUGUCUUAAUUAUCCUUAUUGCUUUUUUCUAAAGUGUGAUUAUCAGCUGCAGAGUAUUUUUAUAGCUUUUAUUCCCAGAAAUAAACACAGUAGAAUGGAUAGUAAAAACAUAGAGGAAUCACAAUUAUAAAUGAAGUGUCAUUUUAACACCUAUAGAGUUGAAUUUAACAGUUUCAGAUAAUUUUUGGUCCCACUCGAAAAUAGUGUAAAAUGUACUCUAUAGCAAGUGUCAAAUUUUCAGAGUUAAUUUUAUUCAUUUCAGUGUCAAAAUCAACAAGUCAGUGAGUCAAAUUAUUUAACACUAUUGUUUGUUUACACUCUUCAGAGUAAUAUUGUUUUUUUACACUAAAUUUACUUAAAAAGUA